AUGAGCGUCACCUAUGGCGCAGAUGAACACGCUAAGGUCGCGGACGAGAAGGGGCCAUCCGGUGCCGAUGCAUACGACGAUGUCGAUGUCUUUGGACGAGAAGAAGGGGCUCAGAUCCGCUACAAGACCCUCAGCUGGCAGUUCGUGAGCGUGCUUAUGAUCGCUGAAAUUGUCAGCAAUGGCAUGCUGUCUUUGCCUAGUGCUCUCGCGAUCGUCGGAAUUGUCCCCGCCGUGAUCAUCAUCAUCUUCAUGGGAACAUUCGCGCUAUUCACAGCGAAACUUCUCAUCGACUUCAAGUUGAACCACCCCGAAGUUCACAAUAUGGGUGAUGCCGGAUACAUCCUGGCUGGUCCCAUCGGCCGGGAAGUACUUUCCAUGGGUACCAUCAUCUUUGCCAUUUUCGCGACCGGAUCGGAGCUGCUCUCGGGACAACAAGCGUUGUCGUCGCUUUCGGACAAUGGGCUUUGCGCGAUGUUGCUAGUGUUGAUUUUCGCCGUCGCGAGUUUCUUCGUCGCUCUACCUCGCACACUGGACAGGCUUAGUUAUCUCGGGCUGGUCAGCGUCUCGUUCAUCGCCAUUGCUGGCAUCGUCGCCAUGAUAGGAGCGGGCAUUAACCCAACUCCAGGCCGCACUAUCGAUGCCGCCAAGUCUUCAGACUUCUUCAAUGCCUUCGUGGCCAUUACGAAUCCUGUAUUCGCAUUUGCUGGACACUUUAUGUUUUUCAUCCUCAUAUCCGAAAUGAAACGUCCGCAAGACGCAAUGAAGGCUGCUUGGUGUCUUCAAGGCUUCUCCACAAUAUUCUACGUAGUUUUUAGUGUCGUCAUCUACGUUUAUAUCGGGAAUACCGUUCAGUCGCCCGCGUUCCUCUCAUUACCGCCGACCUGGGCGAAAGUUGCCUUCGGCAUCGCGCUUGGAAACUUCCUCCUCGCGAGCGGCCUCUACGCGCAUACCGCCGCCAAACUGCUCUUCAUCCGUUUCUUCAGGAAUAGCAAGCAUCUGCACACGCACACCGUGCUCGGCUGGACGGUGUGGACCUUCCUCUGCUUCAUAGCCGUCGCCAUCGCCUUCGUGCUCGCCAUUGCGGUGCCGAUAUUCUCGUACCUGAUUGGCAUCGCCGCGUCGCUGUUCGCGUCAUGGUAUACCUACGGCAUAGCCGGCUUCUUUUGGUUGCACGACACCUACUACCUCAAGGGUGGUAAGGCGGCACUGCGGAGGGAUAUGACGGGCACCAUUAUCGCCAUUCUCACCGUCCUCAUCGGCGCGUUUAUUUGCGUUGCAGGUACCUACGUCUCGAUUAAGCUCAUCGCGGUGGCAUACGAAACGCACAUCGUGCCGGAGCCCUUCACCUGCUAA